GCCUGCGCAAGGUCUCUGCCGCCGGCUCGCAGCGCGUGGAGCCUCCUCCGCUCCGUGCGCAUCGGCUCGGCUUCGCCUCCCGGCGGCGGCGCGCGGCGCUCGCGUGUCAUGUCGUGGCUCUUCGGCAUCAAGGGCUCCAAGGGCGAAGGCGCAGGGCCGCCUCUGCCCCUGCCGCCCGCGCAGCCCGGGGUCGAGGGCGGCGGGGACCGCGGCGCAGGGGACCGGCCGGCGCCCAAGGACAAAUGGAGCAACUUCGACCCGACGGGCUUGGAGCGCGCGGCCAAGGCGGCGCGCGAGCUGGAGCACUCGCGACACGCCAAGGAGGCCCUGAAUCUGGCGCAGAUGCAGGAGCAGACACUUCAGCUGGAGCAGCAGUCCAGGAUCAAGGAGUAUGAGGCCGCCGUGGAGCAGCUGAAGAGCGAGCAGAUCCGUGUGCAGGCGGAGGAGAGGAGGAAGACCCUGAGCGAGGAGACACGGCAGCACCAGGCUAGAGCCCAGUACCAGGACAAGCUGGCCCGGCAGCGGUACGAGGACCAGCUGAAGCAGCAGCAACUUCUCAAUGAGGAGAAUUUACGGAAGCAGGAGGAGUCUGUGCAGAAGCAGGAGGCCCUGCGACGAGCCACGGUGGAGCGGGAGAUGGAGCUGCGGCACAAGAAUGAGAUGCUGCGGGUGGAGGCUGAGGCGCGGGCCCGGGCCAGGGCUGAGCGCGAGAAUGCCGACAUCACUCGUGAGCAGAUCCGCCUGAAGGCUGCGGAGCACCGCCAGACCAUCCUGGAGUCCAUCAGGACGGCUGGCACCCUGUUUGGUGAAGGUUUCCGUGCCUUUGUGACUGACUGGGACAAAGUGACAGCCACGGUGGCUGGGCUGACGCUGUUGGCCGUCGGGGUCUAUUCUGCCAAGAACGCCACGUCUGUCGCUGGGCGGUACUUCGAGGCCCGGCUGGGGAAGCCGUCCCUGGUGCGGGAAACCUCCCGUAUCACGGUGCUGGAGGCGCUGAGGCAUCCUGUGCAGGUCAGCAGGCGGCUCCUCAGUAAGCCUCAGGACGCGUUGGAGGGCGUCGUCCUCAGCCCCAGCCUGGAGGCCCGUGUGCGGGACAUUGCCAUUGCCACCAGGAACACCAAGAAGAAUAGGAGCCUGUACCGGAACAUUCUGAUGUACGGGCCGCCUGGGACCGGCAAGACUCUGUUUGCCAAGAAACUUGCGCUGCACUCGGGCAUGGACUACGCCAUCAUGACCGGUGGGGACGUGGCCCCCAUGGGGCGGGAUGGUGUGACUGCCAUGCACAAGGUCUUCGACUGGGCCAACACCAGUCGGCGAGGCCUCCUGCUCUUCGUGGAUGAAGCAGACGCCUUUCUCAGGAAGCGAGCAACCGAGAAGAUAAGCGAGGAUCUCAGGGCCACCCUGAACGCCUUCCUGCACCGGACAGGCCAACACAGCAGCAAGUUCAUGCUCGUCCUGGCCAGCAACCAGCCCGAGCAGUUUGACUGGGCCAUCAACGACCGCAUUGAUGAGAUGGUCAGCUUCGACCUGCCGCGGCAGGAGGAGCGGGAGCGCCUGGUGAGAAUGUAUUUUGACAAGUAUGUUCUUAAACCAGCCACAGAAGGAAAGCAGCGCUUGAAGCUGGCCCAGUUUGAUUACGGGAAGAAGUGCUCAGAGAUUGCACGCCUGACCGAGGGCAUGUCGGGCCGGGAGAUCUCCCAGCUUGCCGUGGCGUGGCAGGUGUGACGCGGUGUCCUACUUUCCUGCCCCAGCCACUCCCUCCACCCCCACCACGGGGAGACGGGCCAGGGCUGCCUGUGGUUUCACAUAUUGUGGUCCUUGCUGUCGUUCUGGUCCAAGUCAGAUGAGGCUCUGAAAUCAGCAGCAUGUCACACGGUCAUCCAGGUCCCACCAGCCCGAGCUCAGUGUCUCAGGAACCACUGGACUUUGUCCCGCGCUGGGGCCCAGGGCAGUUGGCACAGGCGACUGCAGAGGUAGAAAGCACAGGGGACACAGCUGGGUUGGGCGUGGAGCGUCCCAGGAGCUGCCUGUGGGCUCGUCGGAAGGCUCAGGACGUGAGGAGCCUGGACUGGCUGGCGUGAGGGGUCAGGCACCUCUUCCCCGGCUUCACACGGAGGGAGACCAUGGGUUUUGGGAUUGUCUGCUGGUGUGUGAGUGCCCUCGGGUGUCCUGGCUUUUAGUGCAGGUUUUCUGAGUCCCCCAGGUGGCUGGACUGUGGGAGUGGCUCAGGGCACACAGACUAAGUGGCCCUUGGUGUCCUAACACCCGGUUUUUCAUCUGAAGCGCCCAGCAGAAGUUCCAGGGAUGCUAGCUGACCCCCAGGAGCCUUGGGUGCAGCCACUCAGAUCGAGUUUCUCUGGUGGUGUUGCUGGGUGGUUUGUAUCUGUCGCCCUGUGACAACUCGGCCGUUGUCCGUUUGGGAUGAGUGUGUACUUUAUAAACUAAGCAGACAUCUGCCUGGGUUUGAAUGUCGCAGCCCAGUUACUUAGGGGGACCAUGUUAGAAAGAGCUGGGUUCUGCUGCUGUAACAGUCAGUCCCAGGUCGGAAGCUCUGCCCCAGUGUGGGUCAGCUGGGGGUUCUGCUCCAGGCGGGCCUCACAAGGAACUCCCAAGUUUGGCUCUGUUUCCACGACCAACAAAGUGGUCAACAGGAUGUCUUAGUCAGCAUGGGUGCUGUAACAAAAUGCCACAGGCAGCAGCAUAAACAGAUGUUUAUUCCCCACAGUUCUAGGGGCUGGAUGUUCCAGAUCAGGAUGGGUGGCGGGGGGUCCGAUGAAAGCUCUCUGGUGUAUUGGACACUGGUCCUGUAGGAUCAGGGAUCCACCCUUAAGACCUCUUCCAACCUUGAUAACUUCCUCAGGCCUCAUCUCCAGAUCCAGCCGUGCAGGAGAAAGGGCUUCCGCGUGAGUUUUCAAGGGAGACACAGGCGUUCAGUCCCAGUGGUUGGAGGCGGUGGGUGCUCUCCCUGGGUUCUGGUCCUGACACCAGCGUGUAUCCAGUCACUAUCGGUCAGCUCCGCCUGAGGCCUGUCUCCUCCCUGCUCACGGAAGGAGCCAAAAUGUCAGGGGUUCCACCACCUUGGAGAGAAUGUGGUGGGGUGUCUUCCUUUGUGGCCCCAGGUGCACAGGGCUGGGCUGCUGUGGCCGCUUCUGCCCACCUGCCUGUCCCCCUGGGCUAGACGGCCCGUGACAACCAUGCUCCUCCUCCCGAAGCCCGCCCUGCCAGUGUCGCAUGGACCCAGUGCAGCUGCCACCCCCGUGAGAUGGUCUUGCUAGUGCAGUUCAUGCUUCUUACCACCUGGAGUCACCUGUCAUGGAGACUUACUGCUUUUUUUUAAACAUAGAAUUCACCAUCUCAACCAUUUUUAAGGGCACAGCUCAGGGGCAUUCAGCACAUUCACGUUGUGAGCUGUCACCACUAUCCAUCUCCAGAACCUUCUCAUCUCCCCAAACUGAAACUCUGUCCCCAUGAAACACAACUCCCCAGCCCCUCCUGCUUCCCGUCCAUGUGUGUCUGACUCCUCCAGGGCCCCGAUGAGGAGUCACGCACGUUUGUAUGAUGUUGAUAAUUGGCUUGUUUCACUGAGCACCGCAUCCUCGAGGUCCACCACCGUGUGGCAGGUGUCAUUCUCCUUCCUUGUCGGGGCUGCCUGAUCCCCCGGAGUACAGGGGUGCACCGCGGUCACCUGGCUGUCCGCAGAGGGACACUCAGCUGCUGCUGCCUCACCCAGCUGUUGUGAGUGGUGCUGCUGUGACUGUGGGUGCACAGAGGUCUCUUCCAGGCCCUGC